AUGCCUACAUCAUCAUCAGAUGAAAAUCUUUUUAUUUUAUUAAACAAUAUUUCAAAUGAAAUCAAUCGUUAUUUCUCAAUUUUUAUCUUUUUAUUUGGUGUUAUCGGUAAUAUUCUUAACAUUUUCGUUCUAUCACAACGAAAACUUCGUUCAAAUCCAUGUGCUUGGCUUUUUCUUACUUCAUCUAUUGCUAAUCUCUUUGCUAUUCUGUCUGCUAUUACUACACGAAUGCUAGCUGGUUGGACAAUUGAUCCAACAGAUACUAUUGGAUGGUUAUGUAAACUUCGUGGUUUUAUUAUAUAUAGCUCAAGAACUGCCGCAUAUUGGUUGAUUGUGUUAGCUGUUAUUGAUCGAUGGCUUUUAUCAAGUACCAGCGUUCGACAUCGACAGCGGGCUACAUUAAAAAAUGCUCAACGAGGUGCAAUAAUCAUUUUAAUUAUUUCAAGUCUUCUCUAUGCUGAAAUAUUCUAUUGUUAUGAAGCAAAUCUUAUUAAUACUCCACUUCCAUGUUAUACUAAAAAUACAUUAUGUCGUUAUAUAAUUGAUAUAUCAAUUUUUGUUAUGGGAAUAUUACUUCCUGUACUACUUAUGAUUAAAUUUGGUUUAAUGACUAUUUCCAAUAUAAAUCACUCUCGUCGUCGUGUACAUGCACUAGCUAUGUUCUUUGUUGGUAAGAGUACUAUUGAACCUUCAAUAUCUCUUAUUGGUCAACAACAAAAUCAACAAAAAGCAAAACAGGAAAAGAAAAUAGAUCGUAAUCUUCUUAAAAUGCUCCUUAUUCAAGUUAUUCUUCUAACUUUAUUUAUUCUUCCAUUAGUUCUUGAAAAAAUAUAUUCAAUGUUAAUUAGACCAAAUAAAUUUCCAUUGGAAGCAGCAAUUGAUUCUUUAGUUUAUAAUAUAGCUCUUUUACUUUGUUAUCUAACAAAUGGAAUCCCAUUUUAUAUAUAUACAUUAUUUGGCAGAAGUGUAUUUCGUAAUGUACUUCUUGAUUUAUUCAGAAAGAUUGCACAAAAACUUCUAACAAUGGAGGUACAAAAAUGA